AAUAAAAAAAGGUUCCCAGAUGACGACUGCCGAAGCUGGCAGGUCUUUGUGCAGGAGGAGCGUUUGCAGCCAGAGGCACCUCAGUAAUGGCAGCUUUACUCCUUGUUCUCUUCUUGUCAAGUGUGACCCACUCAUUGGCUAGUCGUGACCUUCCGUUAGCGAAACAGAGUCUUGCGGCUUACCCCCACAAGGACCCCGAACGGGCUCCGGUGGACAAGCGGCAGCCCCUCAACACAGUCCAGGUGACCUGUCACCCGGACUCCCUGGAAAUCCUGAUCCAAGCUGACCUGUUUGGCGUGGGGGUGCCGGUCCACAAUUAUGAGGUGCGCCUCGGGGUGGAGCGCGACAACGGCCCCUGCGGUGCUGAGCCGUCCUCCGAUCGCGAGUACAGAAUACUCGUUGGGUUGCUGGACUGUGGCACCAAAUACUGGAUGACUGACGUGUCGCUGGUCUAUACCAACCUGCUCAUCUACACUCCCGCACCUUCACCCGAUGGCCUGAUCCGAAUGGACGGGGCGGUCGUUCCGAUCGAGUGUCACUAUGCAAGGCGCUAUAGUCUCUCCAGUUCUUCCCUCACACCCACUUGGAUCCCCUUCAUUUCGACACAAGCUGCAGUGGAAACGCUGGACUUUAAGCUCAGAAUCAUGACAAACGACUGGCAGUAUGAGAGGGGCGCCAACGUGUACUUCCUGGGCGAGCCAAUUUUCAUCGAGGCUUCUGUCAGAGUGGGCCAUCACGUGGGCCUGCGAGUGUUCCUGAACACCUGUGUGGCCACGCUGCAGCCGGACAUCCAUUCUCUGCCGAGAUAUGUCUUCAUUGAGAAUGGGGGCUUGUUGGAUUCCAAGCUUCAGCCCUCAAAGUCUCGCUUCCUCGUGCGAACACAAGAUGACAAGCUGCAAUUGGUCAUUGAUGCCUUCAGAUUCUACGAUGAAGACAGAGGAGAGCUGUACAUCUCAUGCCUCAUGAAUGCGGUGCCGGCCCAUGAUACAGAAGCACCCAACAAAGCGUGCACUUUUGUCAAAGGGAGGUGGCGUUCAGCUGACGGCAACGACUACCUGUGUGGGUAUUGUCAUAGCGACACCGGACAACAUCCUAGUAAGGCAGCCAAAUUCGGCCCUCGUGGCUUCAGCAAGCAAGCUGAACGAGAAUCUCAUUGGAGGAGCAGACUCCCCGCUAAUGGGUGGGAACAGCAGGCAAAAGUGGGUCCCAUGUUGGUUCUGCCCGAACAGAAAAGUUGGACAAUUCCUGAUGAGGAGCUGCCUCCGGUGCUCAAAAAGAUCAGCAGGCCUGCUCUGUACGGCAGCCAGUGGAUGAGCGGCCUCAACUACUUGAAGGACCCAGACAAGGGCCUAAUUCCUGGUCUGUUCACCGAAGACCUGGAUGAUGACUUGGACCACGUCCCCCUCGUUGACCCCACAAGUGAAAUGCCUCUGAAAGAUGAAGAAGGUGAUCUUCCUGAAUCGACACCCACCCCGCCAGGCGCACAGGAUGACAACUCCACUGAGCUUGUUGACCCUGGGCCGGAGGUGACCGUCACGCCUGUCUCCAACGUGACUGAUCCACAAGUUUCUAACACUAUAAAGGACCCAAAGAGAAAAUAAACUACUUGGAAUGCAA